AUGUUAAGUCGCCACCACUACCUCUUCAAGAGGAUUGUCGGCCCCGUUCCCAACGAUCAGCAACUUCCGCUGGUUGAGGGCUCCGAUAAGACUGGAUUACCUUUUGCGGAUGGUCCGGUGCCAACUGAGAAGGCAUGGUUUAAGUCCGGGAAGCUCUGGUUUAUUCUUAAGUUUCUCAUCCUGAGUUCUGCAUGCGUCGUCACUCUAUUCCAUGGCCAAAGCAUCAUCGGCUACGCUACUUCGGCAUAUCAUGCUCUUUUGCCAGACUACAAGGUCCAUCAAGGAGACUGCAACCAGUUUGCCGCACCGGAGGCGCCCGAAUUCGUCGCAAAACCACCCAUGGGUAAGCUUCUUACCGAUAAAACGAAGCCGACAUGCAGCAGCUCAAAAAGUGGUCACCAAUGCGAGCUCACAACUGACGCCGACGUCACGACCUACUGGCAGACUGCAGAUGGUGCUCCGCUACCAGACCUUGGAGGGAAUCUGCAUGGCCAUUGGGUUGCGAUCGACCUUGGUCAAGAUCUCAAGGUGCACAGCCUUGCCAUGACCCCCCGGGAGGAUGCCAAAGAGGGAGGUGCAGUCUCCAAGCAUGUGGUGCAAAUCAGCACCGACGGCAAUAAUUGGCAAGAUGUCGCUUAUGGAACCUGGUUUUCUGACACAGCAGUGAAAUAUGCGACCUUUGAGCCUCGAGUCGCCCGACACGUGCGGCUUGUGGCAUUGGAGUCGACAAACAAUGCCAAGUUUGUUGCCAUUAGCGAUCUCAGUGUAUUCGUUGUGGAUUCCAUUCCAGCCCCUGUGACCAAUGGAGGAACUUGGGGCAUCACCUUAAACUUCCCUCUGGUCCCCGUUGGGGCAUUUGUAAAUCCAAUCACCGGCAACGUAGUUACAUUUUCGUCGUACCGACACGAUGGCUUCCAAAAAGAUCAUCUCCCUGCUACCACUCUUACAGCCACGUGGGAACACGGCAACAAAGGCAUGACCGAUACACGGAUCGAAAGUACCAAUCACGACAUGUUCUGUCCUGGAAUGUCAUUCAACGAAAGCGGUCACAUGAUCAUCACAGGCGGUUCUACUAACUCCAAGACAAGUAUCUAUGACCCGGUGAAGAAUGAAUGGUCAUCAGGAGAUGACUUGAAAAUUGGACGCGGCUAUCAGGGCCAAACAUUGGUGCCCAAUGGCAAGACCUUCCUCAUAGGUGGAAGCUGGGCGGGGGAUGGCCUGCACAACAAGAUUGGUGAGAUAUAUGAUCAUGUUAACAACAAAUGGGAAAAGAGCGAAGACUGGAAAUCCACAGACAUCGAGAUGAAAUCCGAUCCAGACCCGAACCGCUGGGACUUUCAUGUGUGGCUGUUUGGGUGGAAACAAGACUCCAUCUUCCAUGCAGGACCUGCUGCGACGAUGCACUGGAUCACCACAAAUAACCCCCGCAAAAUCUCCGCCGCAGGAACCCGUGAAGACGGUAGCUUUUCUGAUGGCGAUGCUGUAUGCGGCGUUACAUCAAUGUACGAUGCAGAGAAGGGCCUCAUCCUCACGGCUGGUGGUGCUCCACAAUAUCACUUUUGGGCAGAUCGAUGGAGAGGAAUAUCAGAUCCCAGGCGCAAACCUGCGACGAACAACGCUUUCAUCCUCGAGUUAAAAGACCCUGGCGUGAAUGCAACAGUCACAAAGACGGACCAGAUGAACUUGAAGCGCGUCUUCGCCAACGCCGUGACCCUGCCUAACGGUGAAACCCUUGUGAUCGGCGGUCAAGAGAGGGGCGAGCCCUUCUGGGAGGAUGACUGGCAUACGGUGCCGGAAAUCUUUUCGCCCAAAGCGCCCAAUGGACAGAAGUGGAGGAAUGCGGCCCCUCACUCGACUCCUCGAGUAUAUCACUCCUUCGCGCUACUCCUUCCGGAUGCCACUGUUCUUGUCGGCGGUAGUGGUUUGGGAAGAGCUGAAACGAAUCACUUCGAUGCUCAAAUCUAUUACCCCCCCUACCUGCUUCAGGACGGGAAAUUCGCGCCACGACCACGCAUCAAGUCAGUCACCAAGAACACGGUCAAAGUCGGAGAAACUCUUACCUUCACAACGACCACCGCCAUAGACGAUGGUAACAGUGCGUCCUUGGUUCGAUACAGUGGGGUCACCCAUUCGUUGAACAACGAUCAGAGACGUAUCGAGCUUCAGCCCAAGAAGACCAGUAUGGCUGACUUCACCUAUACGGCGAAAAUUCCUGCCGACAGAGGUGUUGCCCUGCCAGGCUACUGGAUGUUGUUCGUCUUUACCAAUGGCGUGCCAAGCGAGUCGCAGAGCGUGCAGAUACUCGCUUAA